AUGUCGCCUCCUCGCCCCGGCCGACAGACGCCAGUUGAGCGCAAGCAGUCUGUGAGAGAGGGCAAGAGACCGGCGACAAACCCGUGGCAGGCAGCCAUUGACGCUCACGCCGCCCAACAACAACGCAACGAGCCCCCGGCGGAGCGUGCAGGCCCGGCGGCGGCGGCGCCGUCAGCCGUGUCGCCCAGCGAAGUUCCUCCUCGCUGCGAAACCGCCUUUUCAGAAGCACAGACCUUGGUGCGGAGCAACAGCAACCGGUCACGGAGCUCGAUUGCCAAGCCGCCGAUCAUAGAUCCCGAGGCCCCUGGUACCGCGGAGCAGAGCGAACCGGCGCUGCGGUCCAUGUUCCCUCAGUACAACCACGCUCUGCCGGUCGACCGGCAAGAAUACUACCCGACACAGACCAGCCCGACGCACAUCCCCAGGGCCGCGAUCAGCAGACCUCUCUACUCGCCUACCGAGGCUGAGGUUCAUCACACAGCUGUCAGCCCUCCUGCGCGGGACCGGCACGUCAGGAGUCCCAUGAGCGCCGGCUCGACCAGGCCAUGGGUCCCGAAGCCGCAGGAGGCGCCGGUGGUUCCGCCCACGAGCACCACCGAAGAGAUCCAGAGCCUGUGGAAGGUGGCCAACGGCUGGAAGGCAUCGGCGUCUGAAGGCCGCGUUUACUGCCUCAAGAUGACGAACGAGAAGGACGCGCCCAUCUACACGCUCUCUUCCACCGCCCAGCCGUUCUACAACAUCCGGCUGGACCCGACCUCUGCCUCGGCCUACGUCACCCUCUCCCGCCACGACCCGAACAAGCCCUACAAGGGCGCAGCUCCCGGGUCCGCCGCCAGCCCGGGCGGCUCGUCCUCGACCACGACCUUCAAGGCCGAGGGCAAGAACUGGCAGGAGGCCCUGACCACGACCCUCGAGGAGGAGUCGCGCAAGCACCCGCCCAACGACGGCCUCGUCUCGCUCCUCUACCCCACCGCCGCGGCCAAGAUGGCCCUCGACCGGCCGGGGGACCCGACGGCCGUGGCGACGGCGGAGCGCGAGUGCGCCCGCCUCGUCUGGGACGACGACUCGGGCAGCCACUACCUCGUGCACCCGGCGCUGGCGAUGCCCUUCUGCGUGACCGUCGAGCGCAACCCGGCCUGGAGCCGCACCGAGUACACGCUCGAGCACGCCGAGAGCCCGCAGCACCUGGCGCGCCUGACGCGCGACGGCACCGGCGAGGGCUGGCUCGAGGUCGACACGGCCAUCGCCGCCAAGGUCGACGCCGUCUACCUCGUCGACGUCGCCGUCGCCGCGCUCCUGCUCGUCGCGCACACCGACGCCCGGUACGCCCGCGUCGAGGUCUUUGAGCCGCCGCCGCAGCCGCCGGCCGCCGUGCUCGGCGGGGCCGGCAGUGGGGCCGGGGGCAGGCACAGCCGGCAGUCGAGCCGCGCGGGCAGCCGCGCGAGCGUGAGGCUGGGCCUCGGCGGGGGCAAGGACAGGGGCGGCGGCGGCGGCGGCGGCGGCGGCGGCGGCGGCAGAGACAAGGACAGGAAGAGAGGGAGCGGCAAGACGGCCAAGAGGAGCCGGAUGGAGGAGUUCGAGAUCGACAUUGAGAGCCAGACGAGCGAGCUGGGCAAGAAGCUCGAGGUCAAGGACAAGGACGGCCUGCCCGGCCCGGCCAGGGGGCUGAUCAAGAUCCUGAGCGUCACCUUCAAGUGCUUCAUCUGGAUCAUGACCCUUGGCUUCAAGGCUCUGAUGGCGAUCGUUGCGGGAUUGGCUAGGUGUGUCACGUCGGAGAAGCUAUAA